AUGGGGUAUAUGAAGAAAUUUAACAUUUCUAAAAAAACCUUUUAAAAGUUUCUUUAAGAACUAUAAUCUUAAUAUGACUAAAAUAAUAAUCCUUUUCAUAAUUUCUAGCAUGCAAUUGCAGUUACUCAUGCUAUUUAUUAUUUCUUAACUUAAAAAUUAUUUAAUCAAUACCUUGAUUUUCUAGAUGAAUUUACUCUCCUUUUUUCUGCUUUGGGACAUGAUGUAGCACAUACAGGAAGAACAAAUGCUUUUGAAGAAGGAGUUUAAUUAAUUUAAUCUGAGAAUGAUAAAAAAUUAAUGUGUGGAUUUAUUUUACAUGUAGCUGAUUUGACAGGUCCUACUAAAAACUUUACUUUAGCAAAAGAAUGGAGUAUGAGAAUUUGUAGAGAAUUUAAUUUAUAAGUUAAAUAAGAAUAGGAUCUUGGUAUACCAUUAACUCCUUAUUUAUUAGGAUUAGAUUAAUUACUAAUUAUUUCUAAGUAGGAGAAAUACUCACUUUUCUGA